GUGGUAGUGGCAGAGGCAUCAUGGCGGCCGCUGCUGGCGUCAUGGCGAUACUGGAGUCGACUUAUAACAGCCUAGAUCUGGAAGCUAUUCUGGAGUUGUAUGCCGACGACGCCAGAUUCUCGGCCCAUUUAUUUGGGCUGGUGGGAGUAGACAAGACUUGGAUUCGAGCAUUCUAUUCCGACUUGAUCGAGUACAACGAGAAUGUGGAAUUCGUCACCCGGUGCGUGACUGGGACGCCUGAUUUGACCGUUUGGGAGUGCGACGUCAAGUGGACGGCGAGACUGCCGUCGACGGCGCUGGGAACUGUGAGGGGAGACAAGGUGGUGAUGAGGGGCGUGUCGUUGCUGAGCUGGAGGGAAGGGUAUAUUGUGGAACAAAAGGAUUAUUUCCACAUUGCGCAGAAGGGGUGAGGUUCAGCUGAUGGAGGAGAGAUGUGAAGAAUUUCAAGGGCUGCUAUGAAGAGGAGAUCAAAAUACCAAUCCGUGAGGAGGGAGGAUGGGAAAGAGAAGGGGAUUCACGUCUUUCGGAGGAGAAGCUGUGAAUGGCAUCCCUGGGGCUAUAGAGGGCGAAAUCUACCUAGGGACUGCCCGGUAGUAGAUGAUCAUGCUGCCAGGCCUAUACAUGCCAGACAGCAUUGGCCUGUUGUAAUAUAUUUUGUCAAAGAUCUUCUAUAUGAGCUUCUAUCUGCUGGCAACUUCAUUGUUGCGUAUUCAGUCGAUUGCAUUCUCGCCAUUGGAGAGAGUGGAUGACGGGGAGUCAUUCAAUCCUUGUUAUGCGUGCUACAAGGGCGAUUGUUUUUCACUGCUAUUUAGCAUGACUUGGCUGUGCUUCCCUAUCUGUAACGAGUGUUUUGCGAUUUAAUCGGGAAUCAAUUGCUGCACGCUGCAAGAGCAGUCACGUAUUAUCAGCGCAGCUGAUUUGUCUAAUGUGAAUACACAAAGUGGAUGAGCGUCAGCUUCAGCUAAGAUACUUGAGCUGUAAAAAAAAGCUGAGCCACCAGAAUCACUAGCCACAGCUGAAAAUGGCGAAUUUCAAUUGGCUGGAAUUUUAUUAAAUUUGACAAUGAUAUUGGGUGAAUAGAAACGUUCUUCCUCUUUAUAGACUGCCGUUAAGCUCACCGGAAAAGAUCACCAUGAUACCAACUUAAAAUUAAAAACUGGCCAUCAGCAGUAUAAGCUUCAGCUACCUACCCAAGUCAAAUAUAUAUAUGUCCUGUUAUAAGAGUAGGUAG